AUGGAAAAGGCUGUUCAUCAAAUUGAACAAGUUCGACGCAUUUACGUAUAUUACGAUGUUGAUGAUCAUCGUCAAUCUGGUCAAAGUUGUUUACUAUCUGGAUCAAAAGAAAGUGAAAAAUUCGAAUUUUGUCUUGAACGUAAUUUAGAAAAACAAUUAGAAAAUGCUGAGACUGGAGGAGCUGUUGAUCCAUCUCAACCAAUUGAUCGGUCGAUGAUAGAAAAUAUCACUGAUAUACAAAUUGAACGUAUUGGUGCAAAGCGAGCCAACAAUUCUGAUCGUUAUUCUCCAGUACCAAAAAGUAUUUGUUGUUCAAUAUGUUCGGAAUUUAUCUUAAAAAAUAAAGCAUGGUUCGAUCGGGGUUUUGAAAAUGAACUAUAUCAUUUAUUAACAACAUGUUUAGAAUGUGCAUGGACAGGAUCGUUUAAAUUUUAUCAAAAACAUGUUAAUCAAAAUCAUCAAGAAUUUUCCAAUAAUUCUAUUACUAAUCAACAAGUUGUUCAAAAUAGUUUAAAUCAAAUGCAUCAACAAAUUCUUUCCAUCUUGUGUAUUAUACGUUCAUCAAACAAUAGUAAUGUAAAUGACAAUCAAAUUCUAGGUGCCAUAUCCACUUUAUUAAAUUCUACAAAGAAUCUGAAUGAUGAUAUGCACCGAAUAAAUAGAGAAUCUGGUCAUUAUCAACAUCUUAUUUCAAUUGAAGAUCAACAAUGGUCUAUAUUUGAAAAAUUAGCUCAAGAAAUUGAUGGUUGUAUUCGUGGAGUAGAAAUUAAUCAAAAUUUAUUAUAUCAGCAACUUCUGUUGUUGAAAGAGCAUGUUGAAGAUGCACAAUCUACAUCUUCUGAUGGUGCAUUUAUGUGGAAAAUAACGAAUUUUGAAGAAAAGACAAUGGAUGCGAAAUACGAACGAUAUAAAUCAAUCGAUUUACCACCAUUUUAUUCUUUUCAAACAGGUUAUAAAAUGUGUUUACGAUUAUUUUUAAAUGGAGAUAAUAAUACACGAGGGACACAUAUGUCAUUAUAUUUGGUAAUAAUGCAAGGCAAUGAUGAUACAAUUCUUUCGUGGCCAUUAAAACUAAAAAUAACAUUUAAUUUACUUAAUCAAUUGUCAUCAGAAAAUAAUCAUUCGGUUUCAUUUUGGUCUAAAACUACAUCAAGUAGUUUUCAACGUCCAACUACUGAUAUGAAUAUUGCUUAUGGAAUUCCAAAAUUCUUUCCACUUAAUGUAUUUCAACAAAAUAAAGAUCAAUUUGUUCGAGAUGAUGCAUUGUUUAUUAAAGUUGAAACUGAUUUUUUAACCAAAAUGUCAGGUAGGAUAUAUUUAUUAAUCAAUAUUUUAAUCUCUUUUAUUUAG